CCAUUACCGCCGCCGACAAAACCUCCUUUUGCUUUGGCUGCGCUUGUCGGGCAGGCGCUUGGGGCAGCCGCGCUUUUGCUCUCUCCUGUCAUGGCUCUGAACUUUAAUUCCGACAUCCACUACACGCCGUACGUCGACGAGUCGGAUCUCGACCCAGCCAUCAAGCUCAUCGAGAGCGGACUGUCCGAACCAUACUCGAUCUACACGUACCGCUAUUUUGUGCAGCAGUGGCCCGAGCUGUGCCUGCUGGCGCGCAACGAGCACGAAAAAUGUGUUGGCGUUAUCAUCUGCAAGCUCGAGCCCCAUCCGGCGCGGCGCCGACACUCGUCCCUCUUGCGCGGCUACAUCGGCAUGGUCGCUGUCGACCACGCCUACCGCAAGCGCGGCAUCGGCUCCACCCUAGUUCUCAACGCAAUCGACAUCAUGAAGCGCAUGGGUGCCGACGAGGUUAUCCUCGAGACCGAAACAAAGAACAAGGGCGCGCUCUCCUUGUAUGAGGCCGUCGGCUUCAUCAGGGAGAAGUGUCUCUGCAGAUACUACAUGGACGGCUCGGAUGCCUUCAGGCUCAAAAUGUGGAUCGGCAAGCCAGAACCACUGGUGACACUAUGACUGUGAGAUGCGUAUUGAUGUAUACGCAAGGCGAAACCGUCCACGCAGUGUAUAU